UUUUUUUUUUUUUUGUUUAUCGUGAUUUAUCGAAGAAGAGUGGCUGCGAAAAAUUCAAUUCCUUUGUGUGUGGGUUUGUUUAGAGUUUCUGAGGUUCUCUCACUAGCUCUCUCAACCAACCUCUGUGCCGUUCAAGAAACAGGGAGUUGACUAGUCGUUGAUCGGGGGAAUCGAACUCGGGAUCUCUCGGGUUGGUGUUUCAAAUGCCCGAUAGCGUUCAGAGCAUGAAGAUGAACAUGAAGAGCUUUCUUAAAAAACUCCACAUCACUCCCAAUCAACCCGACGAAGCCGCCGACAUUCCAACCAACAACAACAACAAGCCGAGCGAUGCAUCUUCCUCCCCUCACCACCAGAGCCCCGAAGUCAAACCCUUUUCCGGUUUAUCGAACUGGUUAAGCUCCGUCGGCCACAGAAAAAGCCCAAGCCCACCUAACUCGCUCAAUGCUACUAAUGAUGAGCAUCAGCAAGACUCCAAGGAGGAUCCAGAGGUUGAAGAAGAGUACCAGAUACAGUUGGCUCUGGAGCUAAGCGCUAGAGAGGAUCCCGAAGCUGCUCAGAUCGAGGCUAUGAAGCAGUUCAGCUUAGGCUCUUGCGCUCCUGACAACUCCCCUGCUGAACUCGUCGCUUAUCGCUACUGGAAUUACAACUGUCUUGGCUACGAUGACAAGAUCUUGGACGGGUUUUACGACUUGUACGGAGUGUUGAACGCUUCCUCGGCGGAAAAGAUCCCUCCUUUGCUUGAUCUUCAAGGGACGCCUGUCUCUGACGGUGUGACGUGGGAAGCUGUUCUUGUGAACAGGAGUGGGGAUUACAAUCUGUUGAGAGUUGAGCAGAUGGGUAUUGAUAUUGCUGCGAAGACGGAGUCUGUUUCUUCGUCUAGCUUUGUGAACAGCGAGCUAGUGAGGAAGCUUGCUGUUUUGGUAGGAGAUUACAUGGGUGGGCCUGUUGUUGAUCCGGAUAGUAUGUUGAGAGCUUGGAGGAGUCUUAGUUACAGUUUGAAAGCAACUCUUGGAAGCAUGGUGUUGCCUCUUGGCUCUCUUACUAUUGGAUUGGCUCGUCACCGUGCCUUGUUAUUCAAAGUUUUGUGUGAUAGCGUUGGUGUUCCUUGUCGGAUAGUCAAAGGACAGCAGUACACCGGUUCCGAAGAUGUGGCAAUGAACUAUAUCAAGACCGAUGAUGGCAGGGAGUACAUUGUUGAUCUAAUGGGAGAUCCUGGUACGCUUAUUCCAGCUGAUGCAGCUGGACUACAAGUAGACUAUGAUGAACCUGUCUGCUCCACUAGUCCUGGGGACAAUGAUUUAUUUCAUGAUGCUUCUUCCACCAAUGGGAUUGAAAGUUCAUUUCAACAGAAUAUAGAGUUUCCCCCAUGGGAACAUAGUUCUAGUACCAAAAGUUCCAAGGAAGAUGUGGCGAAUGUUGAAAAGGCUCCUCCAGCUCAAAACCUCUCUAGCAGGCCCAUUCAUUCUUUCACACAUAUGAGAUCACCUUCUUGGACUGAAGGUGUGAGCUCCCCAGCUGCGCGGAGGAUGAAAGUCAAAGACGUUUCACAGUACAUGAUUGAUGCUGCCAAAGAGAAUCCACGGUUAGCUCAGAAGCUUCACGAUGUAUUGCUUGAAAGCGGAGUUGUAGCUCCCCCCAAUUUAUUCUCCGAAGUCUAUCCCCAGCAACUGGAUGCAACCGUCGAAAUAAAAAACCUGACUGAAGCCAAGAAAGAGAAAGGAAACGAUCUUGGUCCAGUGCGGUUUUUGCCUCCAUUACCAAGACUUCACUCUAAAGCAGAUACACAUGAUCAGCAUGAUCACGGCAAAGCUGUUAGUCAGUCUGAUUCUUCACAUUCUGAAGCAUCUUCUACGGAGUACGCCAGAACCGUACCUGCUGCUGUAGCUGCAGCGGCUGUGGUUGCAUCUUCGAUGGUUGCUGCUGCUGCCAAGAAUGCAAACAUAGAGUCCUCCACCUUGGAGCUUCCAGCUGCAGCUGCAGCCACGGCCACUGCUGCAGCAGUUGUGGCAACGGCUGCAGCCGUGUCCAAGCAUCUUGAGUUAGGGUCGAAUAGCGAUGAGCCUCAAGGAAGUGGGGACUCUCCUCAUGGGCCAAAUUCAGGAGGGGACAGAGUAUCUGACAGAUCUACUGGCGACGAAAGUUCAAAGUCUGAUGGGACGCUUGAUGAUGUCUCUGACUGUGAGAUUUUGUGGGAAGAGAUUACUUUGGGAGAUCGUAUUGGACUCGGAUCUUAUGGAGAAGUGUACCGGGGAGAUUGGCACGGGACUGAAGUGGCUGCCAAGAAGUUCCUUGAUCAAGAUCUUACAGGAGAAGCGCUGGAGGAGUUCAGAAGUGAGGUCCAAAUCAUGAAAAAGCUUAGACACCCCAACAUUGUUCUCUUCAUGGGAGCUGUGACCCGUCCACCGAAUCUCUCAAUUAUCACAGAGUUUCUUCCUAGAGGGAGCUUGUAUAGGUUAAUCCAUCGGCCUAAUAACCAGUUAGACGAGAGGAGGCGUCUGAGGAUGGCCCUUGAUGCUGCCCGUGGAAUGAACUAUUUGCAUAGCUGUAGUCCUAUGAUUGUCCAUCGUGAUCUCAAGUCCCCGAACCUUCUAGUUGACAAAAACUGGGUUGUAAAGGUGUGUGAUUUCGGGUUGUCUAGAAUGAAAAACAGCACGUACCUCUCUUCAAAGUCAACAGCAGGCACGGCUGAAUGGAUGGCUCCAGAAGUGCUUAGAAACGAACCUGCUGAUGAGAAGUGCGAUGUUUACAGCUACGGUGUGAUUUUAUGGGAACUCUUUACGUUACAGCAACCAUGGGGGAGGAUGAACGCGAUGCAAGUUGUUGGGGCAGUUGGGUUUCAGCAUCGACGUCUUGACAUUCCAGACUUUGUGGAUCCAGCAAUUGCAGAACUCAUUCGUAAAUGCUGGCAAACGGAUUCAAAGUUAAGGCCAAGUUUUGCAGAGAUUAUGGUUACUCUAAAGAAGCUACAGAGACCUGCAACAGGUUCCAACAUCCCAAGACCAGUCCCCAGUGCUUCUUCAUUAACAGCUGAACAGGAACAAAAGGAUUGUUAACAGAAGAAGAAAGACCAAAGUGGUCUUUGACUGUUUAAAGGAAAUAUGAAGAGAAGAGCUACAGAUUUUUGCUUUUUUUUUUUUUUUUCUGGUUUUUUGGUUCAGCUUCAGUGGGUUUUCUCACACAGCUUGUGGGUAGAGCUAUUAAAAUCAAAUCCAUGGGUGAAGGACAUCAUUCUUGCGUGUUGUGUGUGUGUGUGUGUGUGUGUUUGCCCUGUGAAUUAUGUUCAUGCGUAAAUUUCCUCUGUUUUUUUUUUUUUUUUUUUACAAAAAUUGAAGCUGUAAAAAAGGGAGAGAACCAAAAGAAUGGUUAUAUAUCAUUGUAAAAAAAAAUAGUUUGAGAAGUGAGAA